CUCUCUCACCUAUGUACAGUACCACACAUCCCCUCUCGAAAAGUUUUUAACUUUAGUGAUUCCUUCAUUUUUAUCUCUCUUCAAGCUAGAAACGACAAUAAUUCUGGAAGCUACCGAGUUUAAAUAGAGGAGAAGAUAUACACACUCCUAGGCCAUUUGCAUUUGAUAGAGUAUUAGAAUUAUGUGGAGGGUUUCUCCAAGAUUUUGAAGGGAGCUCUUAUAAUUUUAAUUAAAAUUCAUCUACUGUCUCUGUUUUUUUUGUUUUGUUUUUGUUUUUUGUUUUUAUCAAGAUCGUCGGCGUCCAUAUUGAACUACAAGUUCCAAAAAAGUAGAGCGAGAGAUGGUGAGAGAGAGAAGGUACAAUUAUAAUAAUCGUAAUCAUAAUAAUACAUCAUCAAGGAGCAGAAAUGGAGUUGGAGGUGGUGAUGAUGAUGAUGAAAUGAUGAUGAUGAUGAGCAGUAAGAGUAAGCCUGCAUGGCUAGAAGGAUUGAUGGCAGAGACAUUCUUUGGAGGUUGUGGGGUCCACGAGAAUCGCAGAAAGAAUGAGAAGAACGUCUUUUGCUUGCUCUGUUGCCUUAGUAUCUGCCCUCACUGCCUUCCCUCUCAUCGCUCUCAUCCCCUCCUCCAGGUGAGAAGAUAUGUUUACCAUGAUGUUGUUCGAUUGGGGGAUCUUGAGAAGCUCAUUGACUGUUCUUAUAUUCAGCCCUAUACAAUAAACAGUGCCAAAGUGAUAUUCUUGAAUCAGAGACCACAGUCAAGAUCCUGUAAGGGCUCAUCCAACAAUUGCUUCACUUGCGACAGGAUACUCCAAGAUCCAUUCCAUUUCUGCUCUCUCUCGUGCAAGGUUAAUCACUUGGUGGAUCAAGGGGAUGAUCUCUCGGCUAUUCUUUACAGGAUUGAUGAAUCUGAUUUUGCGUUUUCCCAAUUUGAGGGAUUGAGGAUGGACGGCUCUGAAAUUAUUGAUGAUGAUGGUCAAAUUACCCCGAGCUCCAUUUUUGAGAACCCAUCACAACACAGAGGCUCGUCAUGCUCCAAUGAACCGGAGGUCCUAGGAAAGGAGGAGAAAAAAAGUGGCUUUCUUCCGGGGAAUUUCUUCUCUUUGAGCAGCAGGAGAAAGGGAUCUCCUCAUAGGGCUCCUCUCUCUUAACUGUCUACAAAAUUCAAAAAGAAAGAAAGAAAGAGGGCGGUUUAUAUAUAUAUAUAUAU